AUGGACAUAGACCCUACACUAAGGGAAGAACAACCUGCACCUUUCACCGCGGAAAGCACCCUUGAUGUUAAGAGGGAUUUUGAGAGGUGGGAUCGUUCAAAUCGCACGAGUCUAAUGAUCAUGAAACACAACAUUCCAAAAGCCUUUAAGGGCACAGAAUUUGAAGAGAUUACUCAGGCCAAGGGUUUCCUUGAUGAAAUUGAGAAACAUUUUGCUAAAAAUGAUAAGGUUAAGAUGACAUCACUUCUGACUUCUUUGAUGUCUAUGAAGUAUAAGGGUCAAGAAAAUGUAAGGGAGUACAUUAUGGAGAUGUUCCAUACUACUUCAAGACUUAAAGCACUUAAGAUCGAGCUUUUUGAAGAAUUGUUUGUUCUUAUGAUUUUGGUAUCGCUUCCUGUACAGUUUUAUCACUUUAAAAUUAGUUAUAACUGUCAAAAAGAGAAAUGGAGUCUAAAUGUGCUCAUUUAUCAUUGUGUGCAAGAGGAAGAAAUGUUGAAGCGUGAUAAGUCUGAAAGUGCUCAUUUGGGCAAUGCCCCUAAACAUAAGGGCAAGAAAAGAAAAUAUCAGAAUGAAACUACUAAGGGUCAAGCUUAA